AUGAUAGUAAAUAAAAAAUAUUUUUUAUUAAUUUGUAUUAUUAUUCUUAUUUCAAUAAAUUGCCUUGUAUUAGCAAAAGAUGAAAUUGAAAAUUUUUUAAAAGAAGGUGAUGAUUUAGUUUCAAAAGGAAAAUAUGAUUUAGCAAAUGAAAAUUAUUCAAAUGCAAUUGAUUUAAUUGGAUCAGAUACACAACAUCCACAAUAUGUUAGUUUAUUAUUUAAGAGAGCAGGUAUUUAUCAUCAAAAGGGUAAGAAUAUAUUAGCAUUAAGUGAUUUGAAUAGAGCCAUUGAAGCCAAUCCAGAUAAUAUUCAUGCAAGAUUAAAGAGAGCAAAGAUUCAAUCAUCAUUGGGUAGAUUUGAAGAAGCAAUGGAUGAAUAUAAGAGAGUAUUAAAGAUUAGACCAGAUAAUAGUCAAGCAAAACAACAAAUUGAAAAACUUAAAAAGGUAGAACAACAAUUGGAGAAAGUGCGUGAUAUGGUAAAGGUAGAGAAGAAUUACAAAGAUUCUAUUGCAAUAUUAUUGGAUAUUCAAUCGGUUGUAUCAGAUUUGAAAGAGGUUAGAUUAAUGUUAUGUGAAUGUUUCUUCCAACAAGGUGAUCAUAGAAAAGUAUUGGACGAAACUAUGACAAUAUUAAAGUCUGAACCAUCAUCAGUAGCAGCACUUUAUUGGAGAGGUAAAACAUUCUUUUCAAUGGGUGAGAAAGAAAUUGCUAUGAAAUUCUUAAAGGAAGGUUUAAAAUUUGAUCCAGACAAUACCAAUUGUAGAGCAAUGAUUAAAACUAUUAAUAAAUUUGAAAAAUCAACAGCCAACGCUCAAGAGUUAUUCAAUCAACAAAAGUAUCAAGAUGCAUUGGGUCAAAUUGAGGAUGCAUUAGAGAUUGAACCAAAUUCACCAACUCAUUCCACUCCACUCUAUCUCUUGAAAUGUAAAUGUUUACUCAAGGUUAAAAAGGGUAAAGAAUCGAUCGAAGCAUGUAAUCGUGCAUUGGAAUUGGAUGAAUUGAAUGCCGAUGCACUCUACAAUAGAGCAGAGGCAUACAUGUACGAAGAAGACUAUCAAAAAGCACUCAACGAUUACAAUAAAGCAAGAGAACAUAAACCAAAUGAUCCACAAAUUCAUGAUGGUAUUAGACGUGCUCAAAAAGCACAACAAAUGGCAAAACGUAAAGAUUAUUACAAGAUUUUAGGUAUUCAAAAAUCUGCAACCCCUGAAGAAAUUAAAAAAGCCUUCAAAAAGUUGGCAAUUAAAAAUCAUCCAGAUAAGAGUACCGAAACCGAUAAAGAAAAAGCUCAACAAAUCUAUAUGGAUAUUAAUGAAGCUUAUGAAGCACUCAAAGAUGAAGAAAAACGUAAAAGAUAUGAUAUGGGUGAGGAUAUCAAUGAUCCACAUGGUGGUCAAGGUGGUCAAGGUGGUGGUUUUGGAGGUUUUGGUGGUUUCCACGGUUUCCAAGGUUUCCAAGGUUUUCAACAAGGUGGUGGUGGUGGUGGUUUCCAAUUCCAUUUCCGUUAA